AUGAGCGGAGACCCCGAGUUCAUCAUCCUGAAGUACCAAGCAUGGAUGAGGACAGCCGCUUUCGAAGACACGAUCCUUGGCGCUAUCAUAAAACAGCCUCUGAGCCCUUCCACAAACUAUGUUCCCGAUGCGCCGACCGCAUACAUCAGCCACGCACUUCAAGAAGGCUCUGCGACUGAUUUUGUCCUCGAGGGCACUGGAAGUAGAAGUCAGGGCGUCGCGGGUUCGUUGACAUCCAUCGGACAAUUCUCGGUAUCUGGCAGCCGCGAAGCUAGCGUCCACCUCAACGGGAAGCACAUUCGAUACAAGCGGAUUCGGCAACUCGACCAAUUUUGGGCCAAGCUCAGAGAAGAUCCGGACGUCAAACGGAUCGGCAUUAUGAUCGGCGAGGACGUUGAGAUCAGCAUGGAUGCAGCGAAGACUCAAGAGCGUAAGGCGCAAGGCGAGAUCCCUGUGGGUGAGAUACUUCUACCAUCUGGUGGAAUAAACCCGCUAGGAAAGGACGCAAACCCCAAGCUCGAAGCGACAUCCUCGCAACACACAGCCACUCUCUUUAAAGCCAGCAUGGGAGAAAGUAUUAUCUUUGUAGUUGAGCUGAAGAUAGUCACGACCGGGUCCAUCCACCGUCAGCUCUUGCGAUUGGAGGACAAGGGGCCGAACGUCGGCGAUAAUCGUUUGGCUGGUAUGGACUCAGACGAAGACAGCGAUGAGGAGGCACCUGUUGAUGAAGACUUUAUCUUGGCUGAUCUAUACACAGAUACAGUGAAAGAUAUGACACAAGACUAG